CUCGGCACUCAGCAUCUUCAUCCCCCACCCAAAUCCUUCAUCUGUUUCGGCUCCUUUUGUUUCUCUACUCUCCGUUCCUCCGGUUCGUCGCAUCGGACGUGUGGAGCCCUCAUGGGCAGUGUUCUGGCCUUGGCUGGUGCGGGCCGUCAGAACUGGCCUUUCCCCUCGGACACACCCCCUACCCAGUGGGACAAGCCCCUUCCUCACUGGGAUACGCCCCCUCGCUGGGAGAGGAGGGACGGACGCCUCCCCAACCCCGGGAGCUUCCAUGCCCUGCAUCACUCGUGCAAGGAUGUGUUCCCACAGCAGAUUGAAGGAGUAAAGAUGAUGGUCAACAAAACCCUUAGCAGCUUCUUCAAAGCCAGUCAUACCUUCCACCUCAGUGCAGUGAGUCCGUCUCAGUACCGCUUCCAUGUGGAGCACCGUCAGUCUGACAGUCACGGCAAAGAUACGGACUCCCCCGUGCUGAUCGGUGAGAUGGACUCCUCCGGCAGUCUGAAUGCUCAUUCGCUGCUGCAUCUUAGCGAACGAAUCAGGGCCAAGGCUGUGUUUCAGACCCAGCAGGCUCAGUUCAUGACGUGGCAGUUUGAGACGGAGUACAGAGGAAGUGACUUCACAGCUGCUGUUACCAUGGCGAACCCUGAUGUCCUACGGGAGUCAGUGAUCCUGGUUGCCCACUUCCUCCAGAGUGUGUGUUCAGGGCUGGUGUUGGGAGGAGAGCUGGUCUACCACAGAGGAAGACAUGAAGAGGGAGGCAUUCUCACCCUGGCUGGACAGUACUCAGGUCCUAACUGGGUGGCGACACUGAAUGCUGGGAAAGGAGGAGCUCACGCCAGCUACUACCAUAGAGCUAACAAACAGAUCCAGGUGGGGGUAGAGUUUGAGGCCAGUACCAGGACCCAGGAGACGACGGCCUCCUUCGGGUACCAGAUGGAACUACCAGAGGCUAACAUGGUGUUCAGAGGCAUGGUUAACAGUAGGUGUAUAAUUGGAGGAGUACUGGAGAAGAGUCUGUCUCCUCUCCCUGCUACACUGCUGAUGGGAGCCUUCGUUAAUCACCGUGGUGACAAACUGCAGGUGGGGCUGGGAAUCAAUGUGGGCUAGACUACAACACCCACAACCCUCUACAGAAGGGACUCCCUCACAUGCCCCUCCCCCAGCUCUGUGGCCUUGUGGGAAACGGCGUUCCUGUUUUUGGAGGAAGA